AAACCCAUACACCUUCUUCUAGAGGUAGUUUCGACCCUAAUCUGGGUUUUACUGAAGACCCUAAUCUGGGUUUUACUGAAAACCCUUAUCCUGGUUUUACUGAAGGCCCUAAUAUGGAACUGGUACCAUCAACAAGUUAUUUACCAUCUGGUUCCAAGAGAAGAAAUGCAUCUAAGCCUGGUACACAUGAGGAUCCUGCAUCUAAUCCUAGUAUACAGAGCGAACCAGUUCCAAAUUCUGAUUCACAAGAUGAAUAUUCUCCUAAUCCUGAUAAACAAGAGGAACCUGCACCUAAUCCUGGUUCACCUGAGGGAUCUUCAAAUAAUCAAACCCCU